UUAAGAAAGCAGACAAAUGAUUAUUUAUAGUAACUGCGAUAUUAAAAAACCAUUAAGUAGAGAACAUAGCGAGAACAUAGCGAGUGAACAUGAUGAAGAUCGCGGUCACUCGGUCGUGUUUCUCCGCGCGUUUCCCUUCGGCGUUGACAGGGCGGUGAUUAAGAUCAUCGAAAGUAGGCAUGUAAUUUCGGCAAUGUUCAUCGAAAGUGACGUUAAUACCCAGCCUUCCGCGAACGAUCCUGCGAAUGGUCCUGCGAACGGUCCUGAACUCUGCCCUCUCCCGAAAUGGCAUAUAACAGCGAAAGCUCCAUCUUCCUUCGUUAAUUAUUAUCGCAUCAUAGUGUCUCGUAAACGACAAUUUUUACGAUUUACGUUCUGCAUUACGGUUUGCGCGCGCGAAACCUUUGUGAAAAAACGCGUGAGAAUCACCGUUACGCAACGAGCAGAUGUUGGACGAGAUAAAAUUUACCUAGUCUUGUAAAAGUAAAAGUCGAAAAGAAAACAAAAACGACGGUAAGAUGAAUCGAGGUAGAUUAAUAUAAAAUAAAAUACUUGAGAAUCAACGUAAGAUUUAUGUAUCGCUUUACCAAUUAAAGUUUAUAUCGUCAAAAACAUGAUCUGAUUUUUUUUUCAACUUCUUAUCACGAAAUCUAAUUAUUUUUUUUGAGGGAUGAAACAUUGUAUACACAUAUUUCCGAAGAAUCGCCGAUUUGCUUGGUCGAUUCAGCGCUUUAAGCAGGAUAAUGAUGAUGUUGGAACGAGAGAAGAGAAAGAGGGGAUCCGAAGGAGAAAGAGAAAGAGGGGAUCUCGUGCUAACAGAAGGGAUAAGGAACCCAUGCACGUACUCUUACCAGCGGUACGACGACUUCAGUCUGACAAUCGCUUCCACGGAGCGAGGUUGACCGAAUCCGAAUGUUAAUCCGGGAUCGUCCGUCGAUUCGAGCGCACGGUGACUUGAAUCCUGGCGAGUGCAAAAAUCGGUGCAAAAAUAAAAAAGAAAAACAAAAAGCAGAGGAAAAAAUUUUCGACCAUGUGCUCCGAAAUUUUGGCGCGAUAAGAACAGCUUCUUGUACUUCUGCAAAAUAAAAUUCGAGAAAAAUUAAUUUUAAACCGCUAGUGAUCGGACUGCAGGUCGAUGGAAUAAGAACCACGUGACACGUAGCACUUAGAUCCUUUUUCUAAGAAUAUUUUAUUUCGGGAAUAUUUUAACGGGUUAGGAUAAGGAGCAAAGAGGAAGAAAUUUUUAACUUUAUCGUUUCGUUGAUUGUUUCCGGGAAAAGCCUCCCGAGAGAGCUAAUGCUCUCUUCCGACAUUUUAUUGCCGCGAUAAUUUGCGAUAAUAAUUAAAUUUACAUAGCAUUCCCCGCGGGUUCGCGCGAUUCGACAUCGAAUUUCGCGCGAACGAGGAGGAAAACGCCGCGUUCCCGCAUUAUCGCGGCGCCUUCGCGAGGAAGCCGCCGACUUCGUCGACGCGAAGGUGUGCGUGGUGUGCAGCCGGUCGGAGAAAGUGCCAGUUCGUCGUUGUGCGUCGUUGACGUCCUCGGGCUUAUCGGUGGAUGUACCCGCGUGGUGACAGCGGCGGAAUCUCGAUGAUCGAUCGUCAUCGGCAUACCGCCCGACCAUGAGAGAUUCGCGUCUUCUCAGGACAGCAUGACCCUCGACGCGUGCGAUCGUCCGCGUGCGUUAACAUGCGCGAAGACUCGCGUGUCCGCGGGUAUCGCUAGAUCCUCCUGAAGGGAUAACGCCUCCUGGGCUUAGAGAGCGAGAGAGAGAGAGAGAGAGAGACACCCGCAAAGAUCAUCGGAGACGUGACCCAAGAUCCAAGAUCGAUCGUGAGGGUAACGAUUGGUCGACAGACGCGAGCUACAGGCUGAAGAAAUCAAUCAUAUUGUAGCCAUGAACCUCGCGCUGCAUGGAUUUUUGCUGCAGGUUUUCGUGUCGAUUCUCGACUUUUAUCAUGGCCGUUUGUUAUGCAGCGCGGGGGAACCUGGCUAUCUGGACUUCGACAAUCUGCCGGAGACGAAUUUCUCAUGUCAAGGGAAGGUGAUCGGCGGAUAUUACGCGGACGUCGAGGCGGGCUGUCAAAUGUUUCACGUCUGCACCAUCGGCCAGAAAGACGAGAUUAUGGACAUAAAAUUCCUCUGUCUGAACGGGACCGUCUUCGAUCAGGAAACCAGAGUCUGCGAGAGAGUUGACGAGGUGGACUGUAGCAAGAGCGAGCGAUUCUACAAUCUAAAUCUGGAACUUUAUGGCAAUAAUGCUGUGACACUCAGCUUGAACGGCGAAGAUGAAGACGCUCUGCCGAUCGACUCGGUGGAGGAUCACCAGACGCGAAUAACCUCGGCGCGACCCAGCACGACCAGCUCGACCAGCACGUCGACCACGUCUCGACCCGGCAAACCGUCCACCACAGCCGCCAGCGGUUCCUUCCAGCAUCCGGCCGGCUAUCCGCAGCACUAUCAACCACAGCCGCCAUUCCCGCAGGUGCACACGAGCCAGUCCAAGUCGUUGUACGACGACAAGAACGGCGGCUACCAUCACCAGUACAUCUUCCACAAUGGCGGCGAGCGCGCCAGCAAUCAGGCCACGUCGUAUCAAUUGUUCAGCAAUCAAGGCGCUGUAAGCUCGACCACCGUUCCACCAGCGUCUCCGCCUCCACCGUCCCCGCCGCAGAUCCACCAGAUUAGAUACAGUUCGACGGUAGGCCCGCCGCCGCAAAUCAUUCAUAACGAACCGUCGACCGUGACGCCGCUAUUCCACGCGACGUCGUCCACGAUUCAGACGUUGCUUAACAGCAACGCGAAUAGCCCGGCCUUGAUCAACCCCAUCUUUCAUAAUCACGGGAUCGCGAGCACCACCGAACAGUUCACCGUCCACAGCAACAAUCCGCGAGAGACUACCGAUUAUCGCGAUGACAACGAUCAGGAGCAGGAUAUAAGGACGUUGGAGGCGAUACAACCGGCCAACAAAGGCAAGAUUUCUAAGCUGGCGAUAUCUCCGUUACCGAGCCAGCAAGAGACCUUAUCCCGAACGGUACAGACGAAGACGAGUCAAACGUCACAACAGCAACAACAGCAACAACAGAGAAUACCCGGCAAUUUUCUACCAACUCCGACCACCGUCGAAACAACCGUCAGAUCGUUCUAUCCGACACCGAGGUCUUCGCCGAAGCCCUUGCAAAUGUCGCAGUCGGUCACUCACCAGGUUUCCCAACACAUCCAUGUGUCACCGAGCGUGACGGUGCCGCAGCUCAAACAUCAUCAGAUCACCAUCAAUUUGCCACCGCCGGAUAUUCAGAGAAUUGUGCAGAAUCCAUCACCUUUGCUACCAUCACAAUCCCGAGUUAUCGUCACAGCGAAGGCGAGCGUGAGCGACGAGUCCGGUAGGCCCCUAAACACUACGCAACUGGUGACAUUGCCGUUGCCAACGAUACCGGCCAGCUACGACGACUAUAAAGAAGGCGAUGAAUCAUUCGAUCCUUUUUAUCGCGAUGUUCCGAAAAUUCGCAAAAAUCGCCAAGCCACAACGGAAAAAAUAAAAGUUUUGCGGAAGAAACGGUCGCUCGAUCAACCCUUCCACUUUAUUUAUGGGGUGGCCAAUGAUCAAAGCAGAAAUUUCAAAGUGAUAGAGAAGAGUGAAUUACCUCAGAAUGAAAAUAACGCGAUGAGAAGAGCACAUGCCGAAGUUGAUUACCGGACUAUUAAAGACAGUUUAAUCAAAUUUAAAGAUGUUUUAUUCAGCAACGAAGAAAACGAUGAUUCUUUCCGUAAAAGUGCUGAAGAAGUUAAAAAUAAUACCGAAAGCGUUGUGAAAGAUGGCGAAAUUUUUGAUAAAACUCUUGUAAAGCAGGAGAAAGACAAUGCGAUAAAAAGAUAUGAUUUAAGAGACUUGAGCACAGAAGCAUCAGAAUAUUUGAAUCUAAAUAAAAAUGAGGAUAAAGAUGAGGAAAUGAGUCGCGCAGAUUUCUUUUCAAAUGUCAAAGUUAACACUGAAAAUAAAGAAAAAUCUCUCAAAGAAUUAGAAAUUAACCUCGAAUCUACGACUCUUCGCCCUCGAAAAGACGAAUCUCGAGGAGACGUUAUAGACGUAAUAAUACUCGAUUCCGACAAUGAUUUCAAAGUGAAAGCCGCAUCUAAAGCAAAGACUGACGCGCCUAUCGAGAUUAUCAUCGAGGAGGAAACGAAAUCUGGCACGCAAGACGCGUCGAAGACUAACGAGAAAGUUGCACAGAAGGGACACAUCGCGGGAUACCUGACAAAAGAUGAAUCAAACAAGCAAUUGAAUUCCGUCGCCGGCGAGAGAAGACAACCGACGGUUCCGCAUGAGACGAUCAAGCGAAAGAGUGCCAAGGAUUCCGGAGAACGAAAGUCUGGUUCGAGGCGGAAGGGCUUAAGAUCUAGGUCGUCGAAGAGGCGCAUCUCUUCGAGAAUAAAACAGCAAAGAACGGAUAAUGUCGAAGCGGCAGAAACAAUUCAGUCAGGAAAAGAUGUGGAAGAUACUACUACUACAACUACUACUAUUACUACUCCUACUACUACUACAUCUACCACUACCAUGACCCCAUCCGUUGCACUUUUGGAUGUUGCGGAGCAAAUCGAUAGCCACAUUUUCGGUGACAAUUUAGAAUCACAAACUUUUAAAGAACUAGGCACGAGGGCGAUCGGUCAACGUGACGCAAUAUAUUCGAAGAGUUUGCAAGAUGGCAAAAGCUACCACGCCGGCAAGAAUAAGGAGAUAGAACGAUCGUUCGAACAUCAGAUUGUAGAUAAUCGCGCGAUAGAUUCAGAACUACGCGUUGAUAAAAGGGAGGACAGGAAACGGCAAACGGAAUCGACGAAUUACACGCAAAAUGACGAAAAGGAUGCGACCUUCAUUGAAAAUCCUCGAAGUGUAGAAGAAGAAGCCGAAUUGACGGAAGUCACGCGUGUAUCCGAAGAAGAAAAAUUUUCCAAUGAACAAUCAGACGAUGAUUUUAAUGCGAAUAACGGAGAAUUCGAAGAAAACUUGCAAGACGAAGUUGUGACUUCUCAUGAACUCAACUCGGAGCUAGAAGAAUCUUAUCCCGAAAAUGCAAAUGAGAAAUCAGGCACCGAUGUUUUAGAUGAAGUGCAACGUUCAACUACAAGAUACAGCGAAGAAGUGGAAGCUUCCGAGGAAUUGAACGAAUAUCAGGACAUAACGGAAUCAUCCGCAGAAAAUACACGUAACAUUCAAGAGGAUUACAAGGAAUCAGAAAGUACUGAGAGUUCUAUAACGCUCGCGGAUUACACGAAUUCUGAGGAAUACACCGAUUCCCAAGAGGACGUUGCGGCCUCGACCGAGGAUGCCGGAGGCAGUACCGAAGGUGUUCUAAAAUUUACAGAUGAAUUAUCGAAAUCAGAUGACGAGGAAGAUGCGGAGACGACAGAGGAGACAUCAGCAUCCGAUGAAAGCAAUGCACACGAUUAUAUCGACGAUAAUUAUGAACCGGAGAAUUACAAGGAAAUGGAAACCACGGUAGAACCAAACGAUUUCGAGAAAAACGAAGAGAAAGACGAUGAAGAGAAAAAGGAUACGACGAUAAAAGAGCUUGAUUAUACGACUGAAACAACGCAACGGAUCGAUGACAGUGCUGAAGCAGAAACGCAAACUGAGUAUGCGGUGGGUGUUACAAAGAUUGAGAAUCUUCAUGAAAUUGCAAGUUUAACUACGACUUCAUCAAGCACUACGACGUCAUCGACCACAUCGACGACAUCGAGCACAUCGACUACGACUACGACUACCACUCCUCGACCAAAAAUUACUCGUCGACCAACGACUACCACUACCAUUCGUCCACCGAAACUCUUUAAGCCUACCGGAAAUAGAAGGAUUUAUGCUUACAUUCCUCCUACGACAACUCCAAAUUCGGUCGUGAUUAAACCGAGAUUAGGCCUGUACAAUCCGAAACCGGCGAAACCGCCCAAAUCGUACAACGAGUUGGCACCAAAGCCGAUAAUUAGGAAGCUUACUUUAUCGCGAAAACCAUCUAUCACCACUGCAGCUACUACUACUAUUAUUACUACCACUAUGGACAAAUUAAAUACGGAAAAUUUAGAAAUAUCGACGGAGCCAGUGACGAUGACGAUGAUGACAGAAGUAACAAAAGCAAUGGAUACGACGACAAUGACACCGACAAUGGCGCCGGAAACGACGGUAACGGAGGCGACGACGGCAGCGACGACAACAUCGACAAUGAUGACAGAAACGACGGAAACAAUAACAACAGCGGCGACAACGACAACGCCAGCAACGACGUCAGCGGUAGAAUCUGGUAGAAGUGAAGAGAACGUCCUUGAAACUAAAUUGGAAGCAAACGAUCAUAUAUUCUUCGAUCCUUCAAAGAAUGAUCAAAAAGACAAGGAAGAUCAACUUCCGAGUCCAUCUGAACAGAACACUUCAGCCAACUCUUCAAAGAGCACUGAUUCGGCAAUCACGAUCAAGACGAUCGAAACUUUCACCCCUUACCCUCUGUCCAAAUUAUCUACCCUCGAAUCUUCUGCAGAGCGGACAACAAAGAUGACGAUGGAUGUUAAUCUUCAAGACACGACGGAAGAGAGCGACGAAAUUCUCACGACGACUGUCUCGCCGACGACGUUACCGUUCAAAAAGACGUACGAAUAUGCCGAGAUCACUUCGAGUACCGAAAAGUAUCUUGAAGCAGCGAAAACUUCCACGACAACUUCCACUUUCGAAGUAUAUCCAGAGGAUAUCGUAGAGACCACUUCGGUCUCUUCAAUUCCUCCGGUUCCCGAACGCGCGACACCGGUCUCCAUCUUGACGACCGUCUCGCCUAAAGCGGAGGACACCGAUUCCGUCACGUCGACGGGAGCCGUAAUCGUCAGACCAAACGGCCGGAAGUCCGUAAUUAUGCGGAAGCACGCGAGCUUCAAUUGCCUGGAGAAAGAGAUGUAUCGCUUCUACGGCGACACCAGGGACUGUCGAUUGUUCCACUAUUGCUCGCCCGGCUUCACCUCGCGGCAGGUGCUGGACUUCCGGUUCGUGUGCGAGGAGGGCACGACGUUCGACGAGGUGACGCAGAGCUGUCGUCACGACGUGCCUAACCGGAAGUGCCGGAACCGCUCCUGGUGAGAACGUCCCCCUGGAAAGGGAGACGUUCUCCGCCGUGUGUGUGUUUUCUCCGAAUCUCGUGUUUCCUCAAUUCCGUUGAUUUUGGUAAUUCGUGAAUCCUCUAGGACUCCUUAGUAUAUUUAUAUUUUCUUUCGUUUUUUUUUCUUUUUAACAUGCAAUACGCAAGAAUAUCCCGAAGAAGAAGAGGUCUCCCUCCUUCUCUUAAGCCCAUUGCCAUAGCGCCUCGCGCUGGAUUCACACUUAUUAAAGUUAAUGCUAUCCGAUCGACCCGCACGUCGUCGAUCGGAUCAGAGAGGGAAGCGAGGAGGCAUAUCUAAAUUAGAAGAAAAGUCGCACCUAUCGUUAGCAUUAAGUGAGAGAGCGAAGAAGUCGGUUCCUACGUUGUUCUCGAAGCAAAUGUUGGCACGAGAGACAUUAAG